AAAUCAAAAUGAGUUCGGGUUUUAUCUCAGAGACUGAAAUAGCCGAGAAACGGAGGAUCCGGCAGGAAGAAUGGGAGAAAGUUCGAAAACCUGAUCAACCACUAGAAGUGCCAGAAGAAGAAUAUGACCAUAGAUCUCUUUUUGAACGGCUUCAAGAGCAAAAGCAACGGAAAGAAUUUGAAUUUGAAGAAGCCCAUAGAUUGAAACAUAUGAUCAAAGGACUCGAUGAUGAUGAAAUAGAAUUUCUGGAUUUGGUCGACAGGAGUAAACUUGAAGAAGAACGUAAAAAAUCAAUUGAGGAAGAGCGUGAGAUUGCUGACUUUCGUAAUAAAGUGUUAUCUUUACAAGAACACUCCCUGGAGCAGAGAAUACAACAGGAAAUAAAAGCAAAACCACCACCGCCACCGUCAAACAGUGGUAGACCUUCUCAGAUGAGGCUUCUGGCAGGUGCUGUUGUAAAGAAGCGAUCUUCUGAUGGCUUAAACACGUCACCAAAAAAACAAAAAACCGAGUCCGAAACUGAGAAUAUUUUAAAUGGAGACCAAAAAUUUGAUUCCAACAGUCAACAACAGAAUGAAUCGUCAAAACGUCCAAGAGCUGAGGCUAAUGAUUCGAAAGUCGAGAUUCCUCUUCACUGCAUCGGAAUACUGCCGGGUAUCACCUCCUAUGAAGACUCUAGUGACAGUGCCAGCUCCGACACAGAUUCUGAAACUACUAACACCAAGUUCGACUUGCUCGGACGAAAGGUCUGCAGAAAGAGAGCAAGUGUGUCGGCAUCACAGUGAUUUAUAUUAUCAUAAUUUGAUGUAAUACAUAUUAAAAAGAAAAGUGAGACAGUUCUCAAAGUAUUUAUAUUUUAAUAUAAAGAAAUUUUACUAUGAAAGCAAUCUGUACAAAGUUAAAGAUUUUCAUGUUAUACUGGAAUAAUUUAAGCAAUUGUCUAUGAAAAAUUAUUAUUUAUUGGUUCUUAAAUAUUGUUUUGCACUCACAAUACUCCUUCCUGCAUCAUGUAGAACAAUUUUUAACACUACAUUCUAAUGCUAUUGACAGUUACCAAUUAAUGGAAAAUUUUUUUCUUCCUGUAUAGAUACUUUCUCUUGGCAAUGUAUGAACCAUCAUGGAACACCAAGGUAUAUUUGUAAGAAAAUUAAUUAAUGUUUUGAUUUUCAAAAUACUUGUUUAAUUCAUUUCACAUAUGCCAAAAUACAUAAUGAUUUCAUCAUUAGAAUCCAUUGCUAAAAAUAUAUUCCUUAAUUUAACACUUCAGUUAAAAUAUUCUUCAUGCUUUGCACUCUAGUAUUUGAAUAUUUUUUAUCAUGAAAAUGUAUACUGCUUUAGUUUAGUGAGUAUUGCAUACAACAUCAGUUUAUUCUGUUUUAUACGAGUAAUGAUUGCCGUUUAUGUUACUGUUUUGAGUUUGUUAUUGAAUAAAGCAUUGAUAAGUA